UUUACGGAGCUGCAGAACAGAGUACGGACUGGAGCGAAUGAUGACACUCCGUUGCACUCUGUUAACUUGAGUGGCGGCGACGACGACGUUGUGCGCGCUUCACGCAGUGAGACAGUGACAAUGCUGCGCCGCCCCAGAACGACUCGUGCGUCAAAAAUUCCUGGUCGCGAGUCCACCGACGACGAGGACGUCGAUCACGCCAGUAAGGACGAUUCAAUCAGUCCGCCAAACGAGUUUGAAGAGUCACUGCAUGCGAUGUCGGAUAUUUACGGACAAACGCCGCCCAGGACUCGUCUCAGUCGUAAGAAGAGGCACAUGAAGCAGAAGCUCUUGUCAGGCAGCGAUCUUAAGUCAGUAGAGAAAGAAGGUAGGCCAAGGACAAGUAUCCACCGGCGCAACACCCUGGAUACCAUCAUCUUCAACGAGAUGUGCGAUAAAGCGGACAAGGAUUACGAGGAUGAGGCGAAGGAGGACGUGAAGGAAGGCAGAAAGAGUAAGAGAAGUUUGAAACUAUUGCGUGGCAACGAGAGGGACCUGAAGCUCGACGUGGAGGCUGCCCACAACUAUGCCGAAAGAUACGCCGGCGAAAUGGCAGUGUCAACGCCGAAUCAAAUCAAGGUCGAGACUAGAAAUAGAUUCCGUUGCCUGCGAUCCAAACCCGUUGACGUGGAGGAGAAGAAGGCGGAGCCCGAAAUGAACGAGCGUGGCGUUAUAAUAAAUGAGGAAAAUCUAUGCUCGCAAUCGCCGAGAACUCAGACUUUGAGGGAGAGAGAAGUUUUUCACGAUACAUUCUCUUUCUUAAUUAAAUUGGGAAGUACAGAACGAAAUUGUCGUCGCCAGAUAAGCCAUGAAGAAACUAGAUAUCAAAACGAAUUAAAGGAUUUAAUAUGGCUGGAAUUGCAGGCGCAUCAUGCGGACCGUAGUCUAGAGGCGCAAGAUGAAUAUCUAUGUCGUCAACGAGAAGCGGUGGAUGGUUUACUUUCAGAAAUAAUGGAAUACAGAUACGAUCCCAUUGCGGACGUGCAAGAGGGAGGCUCAAGUUGCAUCAGCCCCGGUGACAUUGCAAGCGAUCGAUCCACAAAUUCCGGUUUAAGCCCAAAUAUCGAACUGGGUGUAUGCCCAGGUUGUCUCUCCAUGUACUGCCGUGCGUGCGCCCGUGCACAGGGGGAAGCGUUGCAACAAGUGGAAAGUCUGCUGGCUCGCUUGGAAGUCGCGGAGUCUCUCUAUCCAUCCUCCCAUGCGUUUGGCGCCAGUUAUCCGUUGUACAAGAGCCCGGAGUUUACGGACAGAGUGAAAGCUAUGUGUCUCUGGUACAACAUGACGAAACAUCAUCGAUUCAAAUUGCAGAUACUGGGCAGAUUGCUCAUGAUGUUGCAUAGCAAAAAGAAACAGGAUGACUUUACCGACUCUGGUAUUAGUUCGCGAUCUUCAGAUACCGUCGAUUCUGGGGAGCGACAAUCUAUGGUGCGAUUUGAACUACCUCAACAAGACGAAAUUUCCAGCCCCUCCGAUAGCAAUAAUAGUAACAAUUCUUCGAUCGGCGGUUUAUCAUUUAUAUCGCAAUCACUGCCACCUACUCCGGAAACUUCGUUUUCAUGUUUUGAGGACGAAAGAGUUGACCGACUCGAUUUUUACUUGGUGGAAUUUGAUCGACACACGUACAGAAAGUACAUUGAGGGUGAAUUGAAAACGAGAGGUCUCAGGAAGAGUUUAAAUUUCUUGGACCGAUUACAUACAUCUAUAUUGAGAAAAGCAAGAUUAACUUUGGAGACAAAUGAUUGUGACGGAAGCGAUAGUAGUGCGACUGAAGAAUACGAAGGCGACAAAGAAUUACGACGAUACGGUUUUUGGAGCUCUGAAGCAAAGGGGUUAAAUCUACCAUCAUAUAGGGCAGCUUUUGUGUUUCUUUCUCGCGUGCCUUUGGAUGUGGUCCAUGAAUUUUUAAGGAUGAGAUUGGAACAAAAGCCGGAGCAGCCGAGUCCGUUGUCGGUCCGACAGCUCAUGCGAGAGCUUCGCGAGGGUCUUAGGAUUGCUUGCAUCCAUCGCGACCGAUUCGCCGCGCACUCUCGUGCUGCCGUCGCCAGCGACAAAGUCGGCUGUGAGAGUCUGUUCGAACAGGACGUCAAGUACUUUGAUGAGAGUCUAAGAGCUGUGUUUGAGCUAUAUCUGGAUUAUAUUCAACAGUGGGUAGACAUGGUACAGCACGAUAGUUUCCACAAAAAUCUGAUUAUGGACGAGUGGUUGUUUGUUAAAUCCAUCGCUGGCAACAUAAGUGACGGAUACAAGAUUGCUGGCGUGAAAUUCUAUAAAAUUGCGUGCACGAUGAUCAAGCAAGUAAAUGAAUUUCUUGUUGAACGGUCUCGCGAGAUACGGGAGAACGCGUAUUCUAUGGAAGAGAAAGAGGACGACGAAUUAGCAAACAAAUUACAUAUGAUGUUUGUGGGCCGCGAGUGGCAGGGAAUGUUCGUAGAAACUCGGGAGAAGAUUGUGAAGAGCAUCAAUCUCGGUAAAUGCUUAAAACGUGACAUUGAAAAAUGGCCCGUCUCCGAUCAGGAAUUGGAAGAAUCGCUGAAACUGUUGAAGGAUAUAAUUCUGGAUUUGAGGCAUCGCAUAACGAUGGUGAUCGAGCAUUUCCAAAACGAAGCCAUCGAAGUUGAACAAUUUUAUACUGAGACCGAUCAGGUGCCUUUAAGAUCAAGGAUCCGCGAGAUUCUUCAUCAAGCUUAUAAGAUGGGCUUUGAUUUUCACAAGGAGAUGUGCAAACUAUUUUCACUGGAAGAGAAAGCCAUUCUGGCGCGGGGUCUAGUAUCAUUCGCGUUACUAUGGAUGGAGUUUGUAAGAACACGAUGCGAGCGUGGCCGUGGCUUGAGGCCUAGAUGGGCGAAUCAAGGCCUAGAAUUUUUAAUAACGGUGUGUGAACCACAAAACACGAAGCAUCUCACUGAUCAAGAGUUCGAGGAGUUAAAGAUGUGCAUGGAUCGUUGCAUAUCUCAUGUAGUGGGAAGCGUGUCAGUUACAGGCUUAACAGAGACAGAAAACAUAAGAAGACAAUCGCGAUCAAGAGCUUCAUCGCCGAGCCAUGUCGGUCGCACUAGAACCACGAGCAUCAGUAUCUCUCAGAAGCCACGGAAAAGCUCAGAAAACCAAGACACUUUGAAAUCACCUGAGCUAUCGGUUAAUGCGAGAAAAAAUUAUUCGCCGACCGUGGUUGAUGGAAAUCUCGCGGUGAUAAUAAACACGCCCGAACGAGGUACGCAACGGCAUGAGAGGGUCAUCCGUGCUGUCAGGAAAGUGGAGAAUGAGAUUGACGAAAGAUUGCGAAGUAGGGAACUCAUCGGACAGAUUGUCGACAGAAAAACAGUGGACAGGGUUCAUAUUAAGGCGAAACGAGUUACGUUUACGUGGCAGCGAGGUAUUAAAAUAGGCCAAGGAAGGUUUGGCAAAGUGUAUACCGUAGUAAACAAUCAGACUGGUGAAUUACUGGCCAUGAAAGAGGUACAGAUACAACCCGGCGAUCACAGAGCGAUCAGGCGUGUCGCGGAAGAGUUACAGAUAUUCGAGGGAACCAAGCAUCGGCAUUUAGUGCGCUAUCACGGACUAGAAAUUCAUCGUGAGGAGAUGCUGAUCUUCAUGGAAUUUUGCGCGGAGGGAACUCUUGAGAGCUUGGUAGCAGGUAAUUGCAAUGGACUGCCGGAACCUUUAGUCAGAAAAUACACUCAUCAGCUCCUUUCGGCUGUGGUAGCGCUGCACUCUCAUGGAAUAGUUCAUCGAGAUAUAAAAACUGCAAAUAUUUUUCUAACGGAUGAAGGCAAUUGCCUGAAACUCGGUGAUUUUGGUAGCGCAGUGCAAAUUAAAGCACACACAACUAUGCCUGGGGAACUUCAGGGUUUUGUUGGUACUCAAGCUUAUAUGGCACCAGAAGUAUUUAUGAAGUCCGAAAGUGGGGGACACGGUAGAGCCGCCGAUAUCUGGUCGGUGGGUUGCUGCAUCAUCGAGAUGGCGAGUGGACGACGGCCUUGGUCAGAUUACGAUUCAAAUUAUCAAAUUAUGUUUAAGGUUGGAAUGGGAGAGGCACCGGCACUACCAAAGAAUCUUUCCGUGGAGGGUAUAGACCUCGUAAAGAAGUGCCUUCAACAUGAUCCGAGAAAAAGAGCAACUGCAAAUAAUCUCUUCACGCACUCUUUCGCGCAUGGAGAAUUCGAAGACAUCAAUGCCGAUUUAACGAUGCCGCGAGAUUAAGAGUUGUCGGAAGGAUUGCGCGAUCUCCAUCAGAAGGGUGCUGGCAUUUGCAUUCACACUUAAUCGGUAGAACUGUUUCGCUCAUUUUACUUUUCUGUGUUAUAUUGUUUGAUCAUGUUUUCGUUUUUUGAACAGUGCAACCAUGAAUUCAACGUGUUUAAUCCAGCUUCAACGGCACUGUUUAUACGUAAUGUUCUGUUAAUGUGAUAGUUUAAUAUUUGCAGCAGAUUUAUACAAAGAAAUAAGGCAGUCUGAAAUUAUUUUAUUCACUGACCAAAAUCAGUGUAAUAUAUAACUAAUGUUGUGAUUAUGUUACUUAAGCAUAACUAUAUACAUGAUUUGUUCCAAAGUACACUUUUUUUCUAUUACAAUUGUUAAAUGAUGUGACUUAUUAUUAACAAAGCUUUUAGCAUUAAAAGUUAUAAAUUAGAUUUUGGUGUACGUAAGUAUGCAAAGUGUAAAUAGCAAAAUUUACGAAUUAAUUUGUAAUAAGUUUUACAAAAUCGUUCUAACAGUAUAUUCGUAAAUUUAAUGAUAAAGAUUAAAAUAUCAUUGUUAAUGGUGGUGAAUGAUUGUAUAAUAAUAAAUUCCACUGUGUGAUUUCACAUCAGGGUUGUCUGAUGGAAAGAAAGUGCAACUUUGGGCUAUUCUUUGUACAUUUAUUAUACGUAAUUUAAGAUUUAGCUAUGCUCUAGAACAAAUUUAUUAACCAGAGCUGAAAGAAUCGAAGGAUCCCGAAAAUGUUUUAAUGAAAUGUAAUGAAUUCGAUUAUCCUAGAUAAUCGUGUGUAUAAUUUUUUACUUAAUUGAAUGAUAUAUAGUUAUGAGGAAUAUAUAGUGUUUAAGAAGAUGCAAAUAAGAGAUACAAAUCUCUUUUUAUUUUUAUCUAAAUAUAUUUAAAUACAUAUAUACAAAUAUAGUUUUAUAAUACUUGCAUUUAUCGUUUAUAUGAGCUUUAAUAGUACUUGUUGUAUAUUCCUUGUAAAUAUGAAUACGAAUGGUACAAACAAAAAAGGCAAGAUACUUUACAUUCCGAUGAUUAUGUAUUCACUCCUCACAAUUUAAAAUUAAAUACUGCUGUCUGACACUCACAUUAUGUCAAACUUCACAUUUUCAUUUUGGAUGUUUAGACGCUUGUGUUUAGUGCCAGUUGCGGUUUAAUAAAAGGUGUGAUAAAUUAUAAGUGCUGCUCCAAGGCACCUUUUAAGGUACAAUAAUGACAGCUUCGAGCAUGCAUAUGUUAAUGCCUAUAUUAUAAUUGUUUCGUAAACGAAACUGACUUGUUACUAUUAUAUAAAAUCGAUAUUUUAUUUUAAAUAAAAUGACGAAUAAAGAGAGACAACGAACAACCUGGUA